AAAAGACUAGUAUUGAGGGUAAAUGGUCAGCUAAUAGCAAAAAUAUUACUCAAUCUUGGCUUAAAGAAGGGUUAAAACCUCGUUGUAUUACACGUGAUCUUAACUGGGGCACUCCAGUGCCACUCGAAGAAAUGAAAGGAAAAGUGUUUUAUGUUUGGUUUGAUGCACCUAUUGGCUACCUAUCUAUAAUGGCAAAUUACACGAAUGAAUGGGAAAAAUGGUGGAAGAAUCCGGACCAGGUCAAAUUAUAUCAAUUUAUGGGGAAAGACAAUGUUCCUUUCCAUACUGUUAUGUUUCCUUGUUCAUUAUUGGGUACGGACGAAGAAUGGACUCUGUUGCAUCAUAUAAGCACGACUGAAUAUCUUAAUUAUGAAAAUAUGAAGUUUUCCAAAUCUCGCAAUAUUGGAGUAUUUGGUGACGAUGCAAAGGAUACCGGAAUACCUGUUUCUGUGUGGAGAUAUUAUUUGAUUUCAAGCCGUCCUGAAACAAGUGAUUCUAUAUUCACUUGGAAAGAAUUUAUUACCAGGAAUAAUAAUGAAUUAUUGGCCAAUCUUGGAAAUUUUGUCAAUCGCGUUAUGAAGUUUGUCACUGCCAAAUAUGAUAGCACUAUUCCAUCUUUCUCUUGUGAUUCCGAAUCCGAACAAACACUUAUAAAGAAUAUCAAUAAUUUGUUGACAAAUUAUAUUGAAGCACUAGAAAAUAUAAAAUUACGUGCAGGUCUUGAAAUAGCCAUGGAGAUUUCACGACAGGGGAAUGGUUAUCUGCAGGAAUCAAAACUCGAUAACACUUUGUUUGCCAACAAUCCUGAGAAAUGCGCUUCGGUCAUUGGAGUUUCGAUAAAUUUGAUUUAUCUUCUUUCCGCCUUAUUUAGUCCAUAUAUGCCAUCCGUCACUGAGUCCAUUGUCCGUCAGUUAAAUGCACCGCUGAGGAAUAUUCCUGAUACGUUUACAAUGGAUAUUGAAGCUGGUCACCAAAUCGGCAAAGCCGAAUAUCUAUUCAAGAGGAUUGAUGAAAAAAUGGCAGAAGAAUUUAGUAAAAAAUUUGCUGGUGAAUCUAGGGAUGACAAAAAAACUGCCAAAAAAAACAAAAAAGCGUCUAAGACUGCUAAUAAUGUAAUAGCAACUGAAGUUCCAAAAGCUCAAAGCUGA